UGGUAAUAGUAUUGAAAGUAUAUUGAAGUGAAAAUACAGUACAAUAUAUGAAUGUGUGUUAAAUAACAUUCAGCUAUAGUUUUCUAUACAAUAUUACAGUAUAUAUGCUAUGAUAUUAUUAUUAUUAUUAUUAUGUGAUUACUAUAUGUGGUGUUGACUGUUGAAUGGCUAUUAUUAUUAUUAUUGGUAGACAUUGAAGCCAUCAAUUGAUUUUGAUUUGGAUUUAAUUCAAUUAAAAAGUAUUGUCUUUGUUUGGCAUCAAUUAAGUGAUUGUCUGUCUAUUUGUUUGAUAAACAGUUUGGUAUAUAUUUCUUAAGUAAUAAAAGCGAUUCAACGCUACAAAUGUAAUGUGAUUUUAAACCAUUGGUUUCAUAAUAAUAAUAAUCACAACAAUAUUUAUCAAUAAAUUGCAUUGAAUUUUGAAUCAAUCAUAUCAUAUGAAUUGUCGACAAUAUAUGAUAUUUUGAUAUCAGAUGUGACAUAAAGUGAUCGACAAAGAUGAGGAAGAAUAGCGAAAAACGUAAAGAAAAGUCGCGAAAAGCGGCCCGAGAGAGGAGAUCCCAAGAGUCUAAGAUAUUUGAUCAAAUCGAGGGACUCAUUCCCGUCUACAACAAAGCCAUCAACCACUUGGACAAGGCUUCACUCAUCAGACUUGCCAUCAAUUAUCUCAAAGUCAAACAACUCAUUGAACCCAUCAAUAAAUGUGUCUCAAGUCUGAAGCCUGAAAGCGAGCUAAUCAUUGAAGAGAAUGCGAGCACUAAAGCACUCAAUGGUUUCCUAUUAGUUCUUUCUAAAGAAGGAGAUAUGGUUUACAUCUCCGACAAUGUCGACCAAUAUUUGGGAUUAACUCAAAUUGAUUUAAUCGGACAAAGCAUUUACGAUUACACCCAUCCAUGCGAUCACAACGAAAUUAAAGACGUGUUGGCGCUCAAGAAUGUACGCCAAAGUGAUGAUCACAAAGAGAUGGAUAAUAAAAAUAAUCGCAUCUUUAACUCAAUUUUGGUGCGAAUGAAGUGUACUCUUACAAGUAAAGGACGAAAUUUAAAUCUAAAAUCAGCCUAUUAUAAGGUGAUCCACUGUAGUGGACAUAUUAAGAUUGUCUCAAAUAAAGAAAAAACGAGCGAUCAUUCAGAAUUAGUGUCACAAACGGCCAAUUAUUUUAUGAUUAAUAUAUGCGAACCAAUUGAACAGCCAAUGUCUGUCGAUUUGCCAUUAAGUUCUCAUAUGUUUAUUAGUCGUCAUUCUCUUGACAUGAAAUACACAGACGUCGAUGAAAGUAUUCACACAAUCGUCGGCUAUAACUCUAAAGAGUUGACCGGAAAAUCUCUUUUUAAUUUUUUUCAUGCAUUGGAUUUACAACAAUUAGAAAAAUUUUUCAAAACUUUGUUUGCCAAAGGCCAGAGUCUCUCCAAUUAUUACAGAUUUUUGGCCAAAUCUGGUGGUUAUCUUUGGUUACUGACUCAGGCGACUGUUACCACUGAUAGUCACUCAUCUCAACCACAAUCUGUUAUUUGUAUUAAUCAUGUCAUUAGUGGUAUUGUGAACGAGAGUGAAAUUGUAUCCGAAGAACAAUGUAUUGAUGAAAGACGAGAAAAGGAUAGACAAGUUGCACCUGUAGUAAAACGUAUUGUUCAAUUGGAGACAUCGACCCGAAAUCCGGCACCAAUACCACUGCCAGCACCUGUACCGGCACCGACACCAUCACCUGUUUCUGUUCCAUUUGUGUCGAGUACUAAAACAGUGUUUGCACCAAAAACAGCUGAUAUGGAUAAUGGUUUCAUUGUGUUUGAUAACGCCAAUCACAUGACAUAUCUUCCCGAUCCUGAAGAUUUGACUCAUUUAGCUCCAGAAGCUGCUGGCGAUGACUAUUGUGUCCCAUUUCCUGGACUUUUGGCCGAAUUCAAUGAACUAAAUUUUUUUGACGAAGUUUUUCUCAAUAAUAACGAUACAAACGCUAACUUAUUUUCAGAUGAAGAUAAAGUUAAGCUUAACGAUGAUUGUCUUAACCACUUGAAUGACAUAAAUAUCUACAAUUCAAAUGUCAACGAUUUGAGCGAACCAUUUGUUACAAAAGCAAACGAUAAUUCACUUUAUAAGACUGUAACCCAACAGUUCAUCAAAAGUUAUCCUAAUUAUAGAGAUAACGUUAGUGCAGAUGACUCGCCAUUACCUAAUGAUCCUCUGCUGUCAUAUCAUGAAGAGCUUUACUCAAACUCUCAAUCAACUGAUUCAUCCGAUCCAUAUUCAAGUGAUACAAACUCUCCGCUCAAUUCAUCGCCGGUAUUAAGUCAGACGUCAAACUUCUUUUACAAAUCUCCCACUGAAAAGGUAUCGAAAAUGUCUUUAAACGAUAAAAAUGAUUUACUCGACGAUAAAGUUCUUGAGAUGAGAGCUCCUUAUAUUCCAAUUGACGAAGACUUUCCUCUGGCACUUGACGGAGAUCUUCAGUUGAAUUACUCGACAGCAACUAUGGAUGACUUCAAUGCAUUUGACAAUAUAUGUGGAGACAAACCGUUUGCCACUUUCGAUGCUAUAAACAAACCUUUGGUUACUAUCGACAGUCCUUUGCCUCCAAAAGCUCAUUGUUUGGAAGCAUUGCUCCAAAAGGAUUGCAAACAACAAAAGAGAGGACGAAGUAAUUCAAAAAGGGAUAAACAAAAGUCAACGACUGAUAAUUUAAAGUUAAUUAAAGCUAAAUCUAAUAUAACGACAAACAAAGGACAAUCAUAUGUUGACAAUAAUAUAAAUAAUAUCAAUUUAACGGCAAAACAACAAUUUGUUAUGAAUGCCAACAAUUUGUCGCAACGAAAUCUAUUCAAACAAACUGACAAUGAUUUAAUAAAGUUAACCAUCAGUUCCAGCAAAAGACCGUAUGUUAAUGAAACAAAUGAUAUCUUAUAUAACACUUCCAUUACUGAAGUCAAUCCUAAUGAUAGAAAUCUGAAGAAACAGACUAAUGAAAUGAUACAAAAUAAUAAAAAAUUUAAAAUUAAUAAUCCAAUCAAUGCCAUGAAUAAUACAAACUAUGAAUUAAAUAAAGCAAAUAGUGUUUUAAUGAAUCUAUUGGUCAACGGUGAGGAUCUAACUAAUGGAUAUUCAAAAUAUUCAAACAUCGAUAGAAAUCGGGGCCAAAAAUUAUUAACAGAUUUCAAUGCAAAUAAUAUAAUUAACAAAUUGUCAAAUUCAAAGACACAUCCAAACCAUCCAAUAGUUAAUGGAUUGGGAUUACGAUGAAAAUGUAUUUAUCGGUUACUAUUUUUUUUUUGUUUUGUUUAAUUAACAACAUUUUUCAAUGUUUAAUAAGCAUUCAUUUGUAUGGUUGGGUCCGGGUCUUUACUCAAGUUAAAUAUAAUAAGUAUUUUUUUAAUUGACUACAAAACCACAUAUAUAUAUACGAGUUAUAUACACAGUAUAUAUCUAUGUUUUCUGGCAUUAAAUGCCAUGAUUUGUGUUCACUAUUAUUUGAAAUAUGUUUUACAUAAUAUUAAAUGAUAUACAGUUGUUGUUGUUUUGUGAGUUUUAUGUCAUUUACAAGAUAUAGCCAAUGAACUAAUUAAUUGAUUACUACUUGGGAGACAAAACGCCAGCUAAAACAUCUGAGAAAUGGAUUUAAUUACCUAUUGUCUGCUUUUUUGUUUGUCAUUUAUAACUAUAUAUUAAAGUAUGUCUAAACAAUA